AUGUUUGGUCAAGUUCAAAGAGCUGCUCUGGCGCGAGCCAUUUGGUCAAGUUCAAAGAGCUGCUUUUGCACGAGAUGUUUGGUCAAGUUCAAAGAGCUGCUCUGGCGCGAGCCAUUUGGUCAAGUUCAAAGAGCUGCUCUGGCACGAGCCAUUUGGUCAAGUUCAAAAAGCUGCUUUGGCACGAGCUACUUGGUCAAGUUCAAAGAGCUGCUCUGGCGCGAACCAUUUGGUCAAGUUCAAAGAGCUGCUUUUGCACGAGAUUUUUGGUCAAGUUCAAAGAGCUGCUCUGGCGCGAGCCAUUUGGUCAAGUUCAAAGAGCUGCUUUGGCGCGAGAUGUUUGGUCAAGUUCAAAGAGCUGCUCUGGCGCGAGCCAUUUGGUCAAGUUCAAAGAGCUGCUUUUGCACGAAAUGUUUGGUCAAGUUCAAAGAGCUGCUCUGGCGCGAGCCAUUUGGUCAAGUUCAAAGAGCUGCUUUUGCACGAGAUGUUUGGUCACGUUCAAUGAGCUGCUCUGGCGCGAGCCAUUUGGUCAAGUUCAAAGAGCUGCUUUUGCACGAGAUGUUUGGUCACGUUCAAAGAGCUGCUCUGGCGCGAGCCAUUUGGUCAAGUUCAAAGAGCUGCUUUUGCACGAGAUGUUUGGUCAAGUUCAAUGAGCUGCUCUGGCGCGAGCCAUUUGGUCAAGUUCAAAGAGCUGCUUUUGCACGAGAUGUUUGGUCAAGUUCAAAGAGCUGCUCUGGCGCGAGCCAUUUGGUCAAGUUCAAAGAGCUGCUUUUGCACGAAAUGUUUGGUCAAGUUCAAAGAGCUGCUCUGGCGCGAGCCAUUUCGUCAAGUUCAAAGAGCUGCUUUUGCACGAGAUGUUUGGUCAAGUUCCAAGAGCUGCUCUGGCGCGAGCCAUUUGGUCAAGUUCAAAGAGCUGCUUUUGCACGAGAUGUUUGGUCAAGUUCAAAGAGCUGCUCUGGCGCGAGCAUUUGGUCAAGUUCAAAGAGCUGCUUUUGCACGUUCAUUUGGUCGAGUUCAAAGAGCUGCUUUGGCACGAGCUACUUGGUCAAGUUCAAAGACCUGCUUUUGCACGAGAUGUUUGGUCAAAGAGCUGCUCUGGCGCGAGCCAUUUGGUCAAGUUCAAAGAGCUGCUCUGGCGCGAGCCAUUUGGUCAAGUUCAAAGAGCUGCUUUUGCACGAGAAUUUUGGUCAAGUUCAAAGAGCUGCUCUGGCGCGAGCCAUUUGGUCAAGUUCAAAGACCUGCUUUUGCACGAGAUGUUUGGUCAAAGAGCUGCUUUGGCGCGAGCCAUUUCGUCAAGUUCAAAGAGCUGCUUUUGCACGAGAUGUUUGGUCAAGUUCAAAGAGCUGCUCUGGCGCGAGCCUUUUGGUCAAGUUCAAAGAGCUGCUUUUGCACGAGAUGUUUGGUCAAGUUCAAAGAGCUGCUCUGGCGCGAGCCAUUUGGUCAAGUUCAAAGAGCUGCUUUGGCAAGAGCUACUUGGUCAAGUUCAAAGAGCUGCUCUGGCGCGAGCCAUUUGGUCAAGUUCAAAAACUGAUUUGGCACGAGAUGUUUGGUCAAGUUCAAAGAGCUGCUCUGGCGCGAGCCAUUUGGUCAAGUUCAAAGAGCUGCUUUUGCACGAGAUGUUUGGUCAAGUUCAAAGAGCUGCUCUGGCGCGAGCCAUUUGGUCAAGUUCAAAGAGCUGCUUUUGCACGAGAUGUUUGGUCAAGUUCAAAGAGCUGCUCUGGCGCGAGCCAUUUGGUCAAGUUCAAAGAGCUGCUUUUGCACGAGAUGUUUGGUCAAGUUCAAAGAGCUGCUCUGGCGCGAGCCAUUUGGUCAAGUUCAAAGAGCUGCUUUUGCACGAGAUGUUUGGUCACGUUCAAUGAGCUGCUCUGGCGCGAGCCAUUUGGUCAAGUUCAAAGAGCUGCUUUUGCACGAGAUGUUUGGUCAAGUUCAAUGAGCUGCUCUGGCGCGAGCCAUUUGGUCAAGUUCAAAGAGCUGCUUUUGCACGAGAUGUUUGGUCAAGUUCAAUGA